UCUAAUUUAGUUUUCAUCUAUCGACAACAUUGAAGCAAUUUUUAUGUAACAAUUUGGAUAUAAUUUUUUUUUGAUCGCUAUUUAGAGCGUCGUGAAGCGUAAAUUCCUUGUACACUUUUACUAGUCAACGAGCUAAAUAGAAGUUAAUUCGCAAAAAAAAAACCCACCCGAAAUCCCCCAUUAAUACACAAAAACAUUGAAGAUGAAUCCAUCGACGUUGGGCAAGCAAAAUGGAGCCUUAGUGCUGGAGGUGCUGCAAGUCCUGGGACGUCCGGCGACCAUUGAGGAGAUCUCGCAGCGUGUGGCCAACAUCUAUAAGGUAGCCCGUAAACGUAUCCAGCCGGUUGUUGGGGAUGUGCUUGCAGCUGGCGUACACGAGGGAUUCUUUUGUUGCUCCAAUAACUCGCUAAAUCGCUAUUCGAUUGUGCCAUCGACCAUUGAGCAGUUGCGUGAGGAUAUCGAUAAAUAUGUGUAUGAAAUGCUAUCGAUGGACUAUCGCGACGACGAGUAUCGACCGCAGCCAUCGCCGCUGAUGAUUAAGCUAGAGCAAUUGGACGGAUUGCCGCCAAUGUUGCCGCCAUCCGUGCUAUCGCCUUCGCCUUCAUCCGGCGAGCUGCGUGAACGUACGCCACCUGGAGAUGCAUCAUCGGCUGUUGUUACCUAUUGACCACUUUUCCACUUACUAAACGUCAUCCGACUUUGCUCGACUCUUCUUUGCCUGGAUUUGUGUGUUGUUUUCCUUCCUUCUCCCUCUCCUGUAAUACCGUCUACUCUCAAUGUAUAUAUCUGUGCUUGUGUUGUUUUUUAAAUGUAAAAGUGACCAGCACAUCAAGAACAGCGAUGUCAUGGAGUUCAUAUAUAAUAAUAAAUAAAAAACUCUGCUGUCUCAUUAGCAAUGGGGCUUCUCAAAUGGGGCAAUGACACUGCGGUGAAAUGGCUUUGGAGUAAAUUGCCUUUA